UACGAUCUUUCAAUAAAAAGAACUAAAAUUAAAGUUUUCAUUUCUUACCUAUGAAAGACGUUUCAGAUCGAGCUUCGAUCUUAACAUUUUUAUGCGAUUCACCGCGGCAUGCGCUAAUAUGUAUUUAAUGCAUCGAUUUCUGGCCUGCGGGUCAACAAACUGCCGAUUUACUGGUGGGGAAAGUCCCGGCGCGUUUGUGGACGGCGGGGUUCUUGGGAUUGACCUUCCAGACACGAACCUUGCCGUCCUGGUGUCCGGUGAAGAUCUUGUCGCCGGAGAUUAUGAUUGCCUUGACGAGACCGCUGUUGGAUUUGAAAGCCCCGAAUUCCUUCAUCUCCUUCCAGACCCGAAUGUUCUUGGAGUCGGAGCCGGUGUAGAGGAUCCCGUCGCGGGCGGCGAGGGAAUAAAUGUGGCCCUCCUCCCGGACCAGAGAUCCGAUGAGGCCGUUCAGCGGGUGCUUCUGGGAGGCGUUGGCGUUGCCGCUGUUUUCAUCCCACGGCGACUUCUCGAAGGGGGUGCUCUGGUUCCAGGGCGACAUCAUCAUGGGGGAGCCCUCGCCGCUGAGGCGGGUGGCCUCGAAGCCGGAGUAGCUGCUGGGACGGUUGUUGUUGAAGUCAUCGUCGGCGGAGGAGGAGGAGAAGUUGGGAUCGGAAUGAGGCGCCGCCGCCAUGUCGUCGCCGUUGUUAUAUAUCAGCCGUCUUUGGGAAUGAUAAAACUUGCAUGUCGUACUACCAACAUUCAUCAUGGACUGGCGAUUCAAAAAGAUUUGGAGAAGGAGACCUCUAUUCCUCGCUAUCCUAUAGUAAAGUUGGCAUCACAAAAGGCUGUGGUGAUCUUCACCAAGAGCUCAUGCUGCAUGUGCCACGUCAUCACGAGGCUGUUCUACGAGCAAGGGGUGAGCCCCUUGGUCUACGAGCUGGACGAGGACCACGUGAACGGCCCCGAGAUGGAGCGAGCCCUCGUCCGGUUCGGGUGCAAUCCGGCGGUCCCCGCCGUGUUUGUGGGCGGGACGUUCGCCGGGUCGGCCAAUACCGUCAUGGCCCUCCAUAUCAACGGCUCGCUCAAGAAGAUGCUCAAAGACGCCGGUGCUCUCUGGCUCUAGCUAAUUACUGGUUGUCUAUGGAUGGGACGUUCCAAAAUUUGUACCGCUCCACGUGUUAAACAUCUGUAAUUGGUUGAAAACUUUUUGGUUAACUAACAGUUUUCAAGUGACUACAGAUAAUUAACAUAUGGAGUGGGAGAGAUAUUGGAAUGUUUAUCUAAGCUCCACUCUCUUUGUACUCGUAAUGUACUCCGUAAUUAACAAAUUAAACGAGAAGUACGUACUAACAUUAACUAAUAAAGGUGUUAUUAAUAU